CCUCUAUUUCUCCAGACCUCCACAAGUUGAUUUCAGUAGCGCAACAGCGUUGUGUUUGACAAAAUUUGAUAGUUGCUGGCAGAGCCAGACGUUCUCGAAAUCUUGAAGAUUUCCUCUCUCAGAUACACCAUACACAAUAGGCAAAAUGGUCUCUUCCGAGGUAUCGCCAACGCAAAAGACCUUUGCUGGUCUUCACGGCCGAAAGUUGGGUCUAUUAGUCUCAACGAUUGCCACAACUGGAUUCUUGUUGUUUGGAUAUGAUCAAGGUGUUAUGUCAGGAAUUAUCGCCGCAGACCCUUUUAACAACUACUUCCCUGAGACCAAAGAUGACAGUGUUUACCAAGGUUUCGUCACAGCCAUCUACGAAAUCGGAUGUUUACUAGGUGCUAUUUUCAUUUUGUGGUAUGGAGACUCGAUUGGUAGAAGAAGAGCUAUGAUGCUUGGUGGAGUUAUCAUGAUUAUUGGAGUUGUGAUUCAAAUUACUGCUAUCAAAGGCUCCAACGCAACUGCUCAAUUUAUUAUUGGAAGAACCGUCACUGGUAUAGGAAAUGGAAUUAACACAUCCACUAUUCCCACUUAUCAAGCAGAAUGUAGUCGAUCUACCAACCGUGGUUUGCUCAUCUGUAUUGAAGGAGGAGUUAUCGCUUUCGGUACUAUGAUUGCUUACUGGAUCGAUUAUGGUGCUUCUUAUGGACCAGAUGACCUUACCUGGAGAUUCCCAAUUGCUUUCCAGAUUUUCUUCGGUGUCAUCCUCAUUGUCGGAACUUACUUCCUCCCAGAAUCUCCAAGAUGGCUCCUUGCUAAAGAGCGCCACGAAGAGGGACUCGAUGUCAUUGCUGCUCUCUCUGGUCUUGAACAUAACGAUCCCCAAGUUCAAUUGGAGAAGACCAUUAUCAUGGACAGUAUCAUGGCAUCCGGAGCCGCUACCAAGACUCCCUUCUCAGCUCUUUUCACUGGAGGUAAAACCCAACAUUUCCGCCGUAUGCUUCUUGGAUCAUCUUCACAAUUCUUCCAACAACUUGGUGGAUGUAAUGCCGUUAUUUACUAUUUCCCGAUUCUCUUCGAAACCUCCAUCGGUACCUCGAAGAACUUGGCUCUUCUCCUUGGAGGUGUCAACAUGAUUGUUUACUCUAUUUUCGCAACUGUGUCUUGGUUCAUUAUUGAGAAGGCUGGUCGUCGCAAGUUGUUCAUCGUUGGUACUAUUGGACAGUGUCUUUCCAUGGUCCUCGUCUUCGCUUGUCUUAUCCCACAAGAUGGAAAAGGACCAAGUGCCAAGGGCGCUGGAGUUGGUCUCUUCACCUAUAUUGCUUUCUUCGGAGCCACCUGGUUGCCACUACCAUGGUUGUACCCAGCUGAAAUUAACCCUCUUCGCACCCGUGCUAGAGCUAACGCCGUGUCAACUUGUUCCAACUGGCUUUUCAACUUCACCAUUGUUAUGGUCACACCUAUCAUGAUUGCCAAUAUCUCUUGGGGUACAUACCUCUUCUUCGCCGUUGUCAACGCUUGUUUCAUCCCAGUUAUCUAUUUCUUCUACCCAGAAACCAAGCGCAGAUCUCUCGAGGAAAUCGAUAUCAUUUUUGCGAAGGGAUUCGUCGAAAACAUCUCAUACGUCAAGGCUUCUCAUGAUUUGCCAUACUUAUCUCCCGCUGAGGUCGAGCAGAUGGCAAGACACUAUGGCUUUGAAACCGCAGAUGUCGAGAGCAGAAGCACAAGUGAUGUCGAGAAAGAGAAGCCACAGUGGGAGGGAAGAGAAAGAAAGAGCCGUAGCGAUGGAGACAAUGUUGCAGCCGUUCCUCAAGCUCAUCACCGUGGCAAUGCCGCUCAUGAUGGAUUCAGAAACGAUUAAUUGAUGAACUUUCAUUGAUUUUUGCACGAGGGGAGAGGUAGUAAUGGACGCGAUUGGGAACCGGAUAUCAUGAUUCAUGGAUGCUUGGUUGUCAUUCAUGGUAUUAUACCCUUGGCGUUCUUUUUUUUUUCUUGACUUUUUUAUAUAUAUAGGUAUUUGAGGAUAAUAAUGUUUCUUAUCCUGGAUGAGCUGAAAGUUAUGAUUUACUGAGGAGGGGAGGUACGAUACAUAUUUAUGUAUCUUGAUCGGUGAAAGAUCAUGAUAUUAUAGAUGAGAUGAAUAAAUGGUGGAGGACAUGUUGAAGAUGAUACCCAGGAUGCAAAAGUAAUUAGUAUUUUUGAAUAGAAUUACUUCAUUUCAACUUU